UUUAUUUUUAGAAAUAAUACAAAGCCUUGGGCUAUAAUAACCAUAAUAAUAAUAAUAAUAAUAAUAAUAAUAAUAAAUGGGAGUAGGGAGCCCAACCCACAUCCCUCGAGGCUACGCCAGAAGAAGGAAGGAAACCGCCGGAGUUUAAAGACCGCCGUCCUAUUGUCGUAACAAGAUCGUUUUAAGACGUUAAGGUACACAAACAGAAUAGUGACCGAACCGGAGGACAAUGCUAAGCCGAUGGAAAGAUGAACGAGAUGACAUAAAGAACGAUAACAACAAUAAAGAUGUUGUUUUGAAAUAUAUAUUUUGUACGACCACAAGAAAUGGAAACAAAGAUUUGUUUUCGUUGAGUUUCCCCCCUGACCAAUUCCCUCUUUCUCACCGUGAGUGGGCUGACCGGGUUAUAAAACCUGAAAGGGUUCAUCCGGAGCCCACUAAAGAGCUUGAGGACUCCAGCGAGAAACUUCUCAAGGGUGAUCCUGUGACCGGGAAACCUUAUGCUUAUGGGGGCUGGGUGUACCGGUUACAAAAUCCGGAUGGGGGUGUAUCUGCGACCCAUGACGCAGAAGAUGACCGGGCCAACUCCCCGGAUGGUCAUGCUGAGGCCAGUUCUCCUCAUCCAGACAUGAACUUCAACAGGAUGACCACCAUCAUCGAAGAUGACGACGAUGAUAUUCAACCCGAGGUCAUUUCAGAGGAGAUUGGCCAAACACUUUUGGAGCCAAAGGACCAGGUCUCCCAACUCAAUCUCCUCCUUGAUUCUGCUAAGUUGGAGAAUAAGGACCGGGCAGAAAGCGAGAGGAGGCUUGAGGAAGAGCUGAAGGAAGAGAGGGCCAGGUUAGGGGAGGAAAGGAUCAAGUUGGUGGAGGAGAAGGCCAAACUGAUGGAGGAGAAGAGAAAGGUGGCUGCGCUUGAGGAUGCUUUGGGGCAAGCCGAAGAAUCUGCCCGGGCAAAAGAGGAAGCCUUCCCCAUUGAAGCUACUGGCUGGGCUGCGCGCAAUCACUUGGAAGUAGCCCGGUCUAUUCUCACUGCACCGGAGGAGACCAUGGACUUCUUCAAGACCAUGUACAAAGAACCGGAGGGCAAGAGGAUGAUAACAGAGAUAGGUUCAUACGGCUUCCAAUGUGGGUAGAAGGAUGAGAAGUCUCUUCUAUAUGCCCAGCUUCAGAAGAGGGACCCUUCAUUUGAUCCGGCCAAGAUGAAGCUUCCUCCCUUGUACAAGGAAGAGCCAGCCCCCCCUUCCCCUUUACAGUAGGUUAGGGUAGAUUGAGAAAAAACUCUGAAUUUUCCC